CAAGGUGAUUUUAAAAGAGACUGAUGUUUGGAGUAUAUUGUAUUCUGAACUAGCUCCAUGCAUGUUUUCCCAAUGAGAGCUUUUCUAGUUCCACUGGUGUUGCUGAUCUGUCAUUUGGGAGAAGCUAAGAACAUUCCAAGUGAAGAUGAAUCCUCUCACUUACAGACAGCCCUUCACUUUGACAUCAAGUCUGAGCUGAGAGAUCUGAGAGACAUGAUGGUGCUGCAAAGAGCAGAGCUGAGCCACACCAUGACUGAACUACGAGACACUAAGACUGAGGUGGAGGGGCUGAAAACAGAGAUCUCAGUCAUGGAGUCCAGGCUGAUGAGUUCUGAAAGACAACUUGAGGCAAUGAAGACAGAGAAUGCAGUUUUUGUAACUCCAGCCGUACUGAGCAGGGUAACAUCCACUGAGAGGGAGGUUGAGAAACUGCAGAGGGAGAAUGCAGAGAGACCCAAGGUGGCAUUUUCAACCUCUUUGGGAAAAACUGGACACCUAGGACAAUUCAACACUGCCACCACCGUAGUCUACAAGAACAUCUUCACAAACACUGGUGGCCACUACAACCAAGCUACAGGUAUCUUCACAGCACCUGUGAGAGGGGUCUACCACUUCAGCUUCACAAUCGGUGAUUUUCUCCAGUCAACUGUUAUGGGCCUAUCCCUGUUCAAGAAUGAACAACAAAUAAUUCAUUCAGGGGAAGUAGGUGACCAUCAGCAGUUUAGGUAUGCAUCCAAUGCAGUCAUACUACAGCUGGAAGUGGGAGAUGUCAUUUUUAUGCAACUCCCUGCAAACUACAGGAUUUAUGAUGAUUCAAAUCACCGUAACACUUUUAAUGGCAUUCUACUCUUCCCUGUUUGAGAAAGUUUUAAAUGUGUUGUGAUGAUGAACAUCAAUGAAGUGCUUUUGAUCAAUGAAGUGCUUUUUGACCAA